AUUAAGGACUCGUAGGUCGAUAAGGGGCUUCCAUUUGACCAAGUAGUUGACAGAAGGGAUUUACCUAAACAAACAGAAAACACGCGUUUUAACAUUUGCGGAUUAUUAGUGGGAAUUAAAAAAAAAAACUAGCAAGCCGGUUAUCUCAGCUAACACAAGCUGCUAACUGACAGUGUCAGCUAGCGUCGGUCCAUUAGCUCGAUUAAACUGCGAGGGGCAGUCGCUGUCAAGUCACCGUCAAAUUCGCCGGCUUUUAGACAAAUUAAGCUUCAAAGCAGUUUCGAAUAGCUUUCAGGUAGCAUUUCCAGUUAGCAUCGGAUAAUAACUUCCUCAACAAGGUGCCACUGAAGUGCGGUGAUGGACUUUGUUGCAGGAUGCAUCGGAGGUGCUGCUGGAGUAUUGGUAGGACACCCUUUCGAUACAGUAAAGGUUCGACUGCAGGUUCAGAGUGUUGACAAGCCUCUCUAUCGUGGGACCUUUCACUGUUUCCAGUCCAUCRUAAGACAAGAGUCGGUAUUUGGUUUAUAUAAAGGCAUUGGCUCUCCCAUGAUGGGCCUCACAUUCAUCAAUGCUAUAGUGUUUGGUGUGCAGGGAAACACUAUGCGCCUGCUUGGACAGGACACUCCCAAAAACCAGUUCUUUGCUGGUGCAGCUGCAGGCACCAUCCAGUGUGUCAUCUGUUGCCCCAUGGAGCUGGCCAAAACCCGCAUGCAAAUGCAGGGUACCGGGGAGAAGAAGAAGUCUUCUCGGAAGACGUAUAAAAACUCGCUGGACUGUUUGGUGCGCAUUUACAAACGGGAGGGUCUGUGGGGCGUGAACAGAGGCAUGGUGACCACGCUGAUCCGUGAAACCCCCGGAUUCGGAGUGUAUUUCCUGGCCUACGAUGUGCUGACGCGUAGCCUCGGAUGCGAGCCCGACGACCCUUACAUGAUCCCCAAGCUGCUGUUCGCCGGCGGCAUGGCCGGAAUCGCCUCGUGGCUCUCCACCUAUCCCGUGGACGUGAUCAAAUCGCGGCUCCAGGCCGACGGCGUGGGCGGAGUCAACCGGUACAGCAGCAUCGCGGACUGCGUGCGACAGAGCGUCAGGAGAGAGGGGUACAUGGUGUUCACGCGAGGCCUCACCUCCACGCUGCUACGAGCCUUCCCCGUGAACGCAGCGACUUUCGCCACGGUCACCCUGGUCCUCAUGUACGCCCGGGGCAUGGAGGAAGGACCGAGCGACUGCGAGCCGGCUCCGCCGAGCCACCGCGCUCCGAUCCAGCAGCAGACACAGCCCUCCAGCCUGUGACAGCACAGGGGUCCCACCCUCCAUGUCAGCACUUUAACAACAACGCAUCAAGAGACAGACUCUAAAGACUGUUUGACUCAGACCUAACACAGACGAUCCAUUCCCAGCUCCGAGUCAGGAAAUCCCUUAUUUAUAAGCCAGCGCCGCUUUUCACUUCCAUGAGAAGCGGUGUCUUUUAUUUUAAUAAUUUAGCAAGAAUGCCUGCUUCUAAAAGAUGGAAAUCUGUAAACACGAUGUCAUCUUUCAUGAGAAAAGUGGACUUGAAUUGAAGAGGUUUGUGAAAGCUUGUAAGUAACUUUUAUUUUCUCAAAAAUUCAAUGUGAAAAAUCAAUCCAGACCGAACRAGGAGCCUGACGAGUGUUCGGUGUCGACACUGGAAAGUCAUAAGUUUAUUAUAUAUACAGUGUGUGGAAACGUGCAAUAUUUAUCUAUAUACCACAGACGUGAGUUAUUUCUUCCUUUUUGUGUGGAUGUUUAAAACAUUUUUCUGCCUUAUUUAGUCCUUUAAUCUCCUGAAGCAUAUAUUUGAACACAAACUGUAUCGCCUGAAGAGUCGAGAGAGAAAACAAUGUAGCAAACUGUGUAAAUGUGCAGGUCUUCUCCGUUUGUCUGCUAUCAAACCAAAAACAAAACACUACAGCUGUAUUAUCGUCCUCACUGAGGAGCAGUUGGUACCUGCAGUAGAUAAAAUUGAUCUGGUUUGAAGGGCUCUUCAGCGAACGCAAUUAUCUGUGAAUCCGUGGUGUAGAUGUUUGUUUUGUUGUUGUGUACURGCAAACAAAGUCAGAUUUUUAGUGAUAUAACUACUGUAUUCAAGGCCGAGUCUAGACGUUAAAUAUGCUUGUGAUGUUGUCCUUUUUGUUUCAGUUCUAUAAGAUUCAAGCCAGGAUAACUUUGUAAUGAGGAAUCCUUCAUGAGUUUGACCAAAGUGACUGGAGACGUAUUCUUUUACCAAAAGAAAACUUCGAUUUUUUUUUUGUUAAAACUGGAACGACCGUGUACAUUUCUGUAAUAGUACUACUGAUUUAGCAUGACACAAUUUGAAAAUAAUAAAAGUCAAGGUUAUUAAAAAUGUUUCAGCAAAAAUAAAACUGAAACAAAGUUAUAAAUUUGAAGAAUUUCUUUAGAGAAACCUAAAUUUGUUAUUUUUGCUGUAUCCCAAAAAUCACAGUAUUUUCUUUAUUUUUCUUAAGAGAAGUUUGAAUGUGAUGUUCCCCAAAACUUGAUAAAUGCAUAUUUUUUUGCCCAAAUCUAGUUUUUAAUACUGGAACGAAGCUUUACUCAGAAUGCAGGUUCUGAACCAGCUGCAAAGAUGGAAAAAUAUCAUUUUAUAAUAUAUAUAAUAUAAUAAUGUGUUUGUUUUUAAAUGAAUAUUUUUAUUUAGAUAUAGUGUUUURGUACUGAAACUAUUUUCUCUGCUAAAACCAGGCACAUGUAUCUGCUCCCCUCUAAGCACCUAAUUCUGUCCKAACGACAGACGAUCUGUCUCCCUAAGAUUGAGCUAAAGUUGUAAAAUUUACAAYCAUUUAAAGCACUUUUUUCCUCUCUCAUGUAUUAAGUGAAAAACACUUUAAAGGUUGAAGUCCAGCUACAUUUUGUUGAAUGUACCUCACCUGUUCACAUGCAGGUGUCUCUAAACAAAGACGUUAUUGGAUGAAAUUUUGUUUUAUUUAACCAUUUAGUUAUUGGAGUCCUGCUGUUUAAAAUCAAAUGUUACUGUGUGAAAAUGUCCACUGCUCAGACACUCGGAGCUUGUGUCACAUUGAAAGUGGAUAGUUUUUGUUCCAAAUCCACCUCUUUAACAGUGACUGUUAUAGGUUUCGCAUCACAAGACCAGCUAUUAAAUGGUUAAUGCAGCUGAUGUAAAACAUGCAAUAUGUACAGAAUGUAAUUGUGACCAUGUGGGACUGAUCUAAAGUGUGGUGUAUAUUUUGCAUUCUAUAUUUAUUACAAAAAAAAAGGUGUUUUCAUGAAUGUUUGACUUGAAGUAGUUUCUGGUUGCUGAUACAGAGAUUUUAUCAGAGAUGUAUUUUUGUCAUGCAGGACCUGUUCGUCUCUGAGGGUYUAUACAAACAAAUAAAAAAAGAAAAAUCA